CCCGUGUCCCAUUCCCGUGUCCCCUGCAGAUGUCCAGGCAGCUGGAGACGUUCCGCACGCACCUGCAGGCCUUUGCCACCAAGCACAAGCAGGAGAUUCGCCGCAGCCCCGAGUUCCGCCUGCAGUUCCAGCACAUGUGCGCCGCCAUCGGCGUCGACCCGCUGGCCUCUGGAAAAGGCUUCUGGGCCGAGGUGCUGGGGGUCGGAGAUUUCUACUACGAGCUGGGGGUGCAGAUCAUCGAGGUGUGCCUGGCGCUGCGGCACCGCAACGGAGGGCUGAUCACGCUGGAGGAGCUGCAGCAGCAGGUGCUCAAGGGCCGCGGGAAGUUCGCACAGGACGUCAGCGCGGAUGACCUGCUGCGCGCCAUCAAGAAGCUGAAGGUGCUGGGCAGCGGCUUCGGGAUCAUCCCCGUGGGGGGAACGUGCCUGGUGCAGUCGGUGCCGGCCGAGCUGAACAUGGACCACACGGUGGUGCUGCAGCUGGCCGAGAAAAAAGGAUUUGUGACAGUCAGCGAGAUCCGGGAGAGCCUCAAGUGGGAGACGGAGAGAGCGAAGCAGGUGCUGGACCACCUGCUGAAGGAGGGCAUGGCCUGGCUGGACGCGCAGGCUCCGGCCGAGCCGCAGUUCUGGCUGCCCGCGCUCUUCUCCGAGCUGCACGGCCAGGACGGCGCGGCCGGGCCCUGAGUGCCCCGGGAGCCCCCGGAAUCCCGCCUGGAAUCCUCGGAAUCCCGCCUGGAAUCCCUCCCUGGAUCCUCGGGAAUCCCCCCUGGAAUCCUGGCUGGAAUCCCCUCCUGGAGUCCUCAGGAUCCCACCCCUGGAAUCCUCGGAAUCCCGCCUGGAAUCCUGGCUGGAAUCCCUCCAGGGAUCCUCAGGAAUCCCUCCCAGAAUCCCCAGGAAUUCCUCUUGGAAUCCUUCCUGGAGUCCUUGGAAUCCUGGCUGGAAUCCCCGGGAAUCCCUCCGGGAAUCCUCAGGAUCCCUCCUGUCCCCGCAAUCCCAGGGACAGCAGGACUGGGAAUAAAAGUUUUGUAAGAAA